AGAAGCAAUUGACGAAGCAGAGAAAGAGAUCGAAAAAAGAUGAAUACUGAUAUCACAGCAUCCACCAAACCGGAAUACCCAGUCAUAGAUCGCAAUCCACCGUUCACUAAAGUCGUCGGUAACUUCAAUUUCCUCGAUUACUGCCGUUUAACCACCAUCUCCGGCAUCUCCGUCACAGUCGGUUACCUCUCCGGGAUAAAACCAGGUAUUAGAGGACCAUCCAUGGUGACCGGAGGCUUGAUUGGGGUACUGGGUGGUUUCAUGUACGCUUAUCAAAACUCUGCGGGUAGGCUCAUGGGUUUCUUCCCUAAUGACGGUGAGGUUGCUAGUUACCAUAAACAUGGGUUUAACAAUUAGGGUUUUUGCCAUUCUUGUAAUUUGGAUGAAAAACAUCAACAUCUUUUCUUUGAAGAGGAGGAAGAAGAUGAUGGUAAUAAUUAAAUUGUUCUUUUUGAGACUUUUAUCGUUUUGAUUGCUCAACUUUGGAGAUCA